CAAGACUGCAUCCAACCCAUCACAACACACCAGCCACCCUCCUCUACUCUCUCUCUCCUUUGAUCUUCCCCUAGGAGAGCAGGUCAUUACCCAUUGGCAACAACAAUUUCAACACACACAAAGGCAAUAUCAUCAGCCAGCAGGACACGCAGGAGACACAAUCUCUGCCUGGCCACCAAUAUCCAUCCAAUCGCACCUCCAGACGCGUCUCGCUCUCACCGAUGCUUGUCUUUUGAGCCAUUCCCCUACCUGCCCACCGCCCAGAACACAGGGGGGGCCCAACAUCCAACAGACACAUUUUCUGUCUUGACUCCAAACAGAGCAUUCAGUCCUUUUUAUUGACUGUAUAUUCACGUGUCUAGACAUACUUCGCAUCUCUUUUCACUUAGUUGCCAAGUAGUCCAUUGCCCCAUCAGCAUUUGGGUAAAUGAAGUCUGACAGAACAAUCAGCAAUAUGCCUCCUGGACGUGCUACCACCCGCGCCGCGCGCGUCGCCGCCAACGAGAACGAUGAGAACAGCGGCCUCGGUUCCCAACGUCUGACGCGUGCUAAGGCAGCCGCGCUGCAUGUCGACGAGCUGUCCCAGCCCAACAAGCCCCUCGCGGCUAAGAAGGCUGGUCUCAACGCUAACGUCACCGGUGCUACCCGCAAGCGUGCUGCCCUGGGCGAUGUCUCCAACGUCACCAAGAUUGAGGUCAGUGAGGGAAAGAAGAUCGGUGCCACCACCAAGUCGGCUACCGUGUCCAAGACUACUGCGAACCGAGUAACCAAGAGCUCGACCGUUGGUACCACUCGUGCCGCUCGCGGCGGCCCCCUCACAUCCAAGGAAACCAAUGUCACCAAGAAGACCAAGGCUUCUGGCCCUGGCGAGAUCGGCUCCAAGCGCAAGGCCACCGCUGCCGCUCUCGCCAAGAAGGGCACCCCUGAGGGUGCCGAGCCCGUCCGCAAGAAGCCACACACUGCAGAGAAGGAGAACGUCAGAGCCCAGAAGGAGCAGAAGGCUGUCGAGGUUGAGCCCCAGCCCGAGCCCGAGCCAGCCCAGGACACCCAGGCUGAUUACCUGGCCACCAACGACUUCGAGUACCCCGAGGGUGUGAAGGAUCUCGACUCGGAGGACCGCGAUGAUCCCCUGAUGGUUGCCGAGUAUGCCCACGAGAUCUUCGACUACCUCCUGACCAUCGAGCCUUCCUCGUUGCCCAACCCCGACUACAUGGAGCACCAGGACGAGCUCGAGUGGAAGACGCGCAGCAUUCUCGUCGACUGGCUCAUCGAGGUCCACACCCGUUUCCAUCUCCUCCCCGAGACCCUGUUUCUCGCAAUCAACAUCAUUGACCGUUUCCUCUCCGAGAAGGUCGUCCAGCUCGACCGUGUCCAGCUCGUCGGCAUCACUGCCAUGUUCAUUGCAUCCAAGUACGAGGAGGUCCUCUCCCCCCACGUCGGCAACUUCAAGCACGUUGCGGACAAUGGCUUCUCCGAGUCUGAGAUCCUCGCUGCCGAGCGAUUCAUCCUGCAGACUCUAGAGUACGACCUCAGCUACCCCAACCCCAUGAACUUCCUCCGCCGUAUUUCCAAGGCCGACAACUAUGACAUCCAGACCCGUACUGUCGCCAAGUACCUGCUAGAAAUCAGUAUUGUCGAUCGCCGCUUCAUGCCCUACCGUCCCUCCCACGUAGCUGCCGCUGCUAUGUACAUGGCACGCCUGAUCCUGGACCGUGGUGACUGGGACGAGACGCUGUCAUUCUAUGCCGGCUACACCGAGACUGAGAUCGAGCCCAUCAUCCACCUCAUGGUCGACUACCUGGCGCGGCCCGUCGCUCACGAGGCCUUCUUCAAGAAGUAUGCCAGCAAGAAGUUCCUCAAGGCGUCCAUCCUGACGCGCCAGUGGGCUAAGAAGAACGCUGCCGUUUUUGGCAUCCACAACCUGGACCGACCCCUCGACGAGUGA